AUGGCAACAUCUCCAGCCCCUUCUUGCACAUCUUUACAAAGUGAUCAUUCAAUGGAUCGACCAGUAAAGUUCCAAGAAAGAACACAAGAUAUAAGGCUAAGACCAGAUAUGGCAACAUCUCCAGCCCCUUCCUGCACAUCUCUACAAAGUGAUCACUCAAUGGAUCGACCAGUAAAGUUCAAAGAACGAACUCAAGAUAUAAGGCUGAGACGAGAUAAAUCAACAUCUCCAGCCCCUUCCUGCACAUCUCUACAAAGUGAUCAUUCAAUGGAUCGACCAGUAAAGUUCCAAGAAAGAACACAAGAUAUAAGGCUGAGACCACAUGUGACAACAUCUCCAGCGCCUUCCUGCACAUCUCUACAAAGUGAUCAUUCAAUGGAUCGACCAGUAAAGUUCAAAGAACGAACUCAAGAUAUAAGACUGAGACCAGAUGUGACAACAUCUCCAGCCCCUUUCUGCACAUCUCUACAAAGUGAUCAUUCAAUGGAUCGACCAAUAAAGUUCAAAGAAAGAACACAAGAUAUAAGUAUUAUAAAGAAGAAUGUUCUGGAGUCAUUAAGUAGAUAUGAUGGUUCAUGGCGAAAGGAGGCUCUAUCUCCAGAUAUCAGUACACUUUCAGCCACACUGCUGACAGAGGAUCAUUACAGAUGUUCAGUGUGUACAGAGGUCUUUAAGAAUCCAGUUUCUAUUCCCUGUGGACACAGUUACUGCAAACACUGCAUUGAGAUCUACUGGAGCAAACCAACUCAAGCUGAAUGUUACGCUUGUCCUCAGUGCAGAAAGAGGUUCAGAGAUCGGCCUGUGUUAAAUGUAAAUGUUGCUUUAGCUAAACUGAUAGAUGAACUACAGCAGGCUGGGUUUAGUCCUGCUCUUCCUGCUCACUGCUAUGCUGGACCUAAAGAUGUGUCCUGUGAUAUCUGUACUGAGAUGAAGCUCAAAGCUGUUAAAUCCUGUUUGACCUGCUGUGUGUCUUACUGUGAGACUCACGUCAGACAACACUACACUGUACCAGCACUACAGAGACACAACCUGAUGGAGCCUUGCAAUGCAUCAAGUAUGAUGACUACAUUAUCCAGAACAGAGAAAGAAUUUCAAGAAGAGAUCAAAGACUUGACAGCAAAACUGAAAUUGACAUUGACUGAAAAGGAUGCACAGGCAAAACGUUUGUGUAAAGGAUUUGAAGUUCAUUGUAAUAAUUUCCCCAUGGACAUUAUUGAAGUGUCUGCUCUUGGUCGUCCCUUGUGUCUUGGAAUGUUGUAUGACACUAAAAGUGAUUAUUACAGUCGAACUUCUUUUCUGUGGAGUGAUGGCACUAUUGCCUCUAUGAAACUGUCUCUGCCUCGACUUCAAGCAGAUGUGAAAAUUCUAGAAAGUGACUCUCUGCAGGACAGAUUCAGAGCUCUUGAAAUGUCUUCAGUGUUAAGAACAAAAGCUCUCAAUGGUAAAGUAAACGGAGCUGCAGCUUUUCUGAAUCACCCAGUUCAGUCUGAACAUCAGGACCAAGUUACACUGCACUAUAAAACCACCACCAGACUGGACAUGAUCAGUCCAACACUGUUACAUGAAGGAGUUUCUCCAUCAGUCAUUAAUACAACCACAGCUACACAUGUGAUCAUAGCUGUGAGCUACGGAGCUCAAGCCUUCUUUGUGUUCGAUCAUUGGUUGAAUAAAUCAGAGAAAACUGCAGAAAUGAAAGAUGUAAUCAAGAAGAUGUCCUCUUCUUUUUGUGCAAGUCACAUAAUCUCAAGCCUAAAUGACAAUGAAAAAGCUAUGAGCUUGUUAUGUAACUGUAGUCUCUACAUUGAUGUGGGUGACUGGAAGAGUCCAGUGUCUUUUGAUGAGGCAGUGAAGAUCUAUGGGUCUCUGCCAGAACUGCUUGGAUCUCAAGGUGAGAAAGCUGUUCCUGUGAAGGUUUGGCUUUACCCUUUGAAGAAACUGGAGAGGACCUCAGCGUGUGCUGCUCUCAGUGGAGUCAAUGAAAGUUUAAUACAAAGAGCUGAGAACAUCCUAGAACAUCUGAAUAAACAGAUCAGGAAAUGUCAGGAUUUUAUGACAAGUCCAGAUAAUCUAAGUGUUGUUAUUUGGUUUCCUGCUUUGAAAAAUAAAUUGGUGGAGUUUUUAGAGCUUCUUCAGAAAUACCAGACAGAUUUUGAGGAAAGAAUCACAGAAAUUGCUGAAGAUUUUGAAGUUAAAGUAGAGGAAGGAGACAAGCAACUUCAACUUCUCAUAGACAGACAUGAAAAAUCACUAUUCAGUGUAGAUAACAUAAACCGGUGGCUGGAGGAUAAAGAAACUGAACUGAAGAUUUUAAAUGACUGUAAAGCUGCAGACAUCACUGUUGUGAAAUCACAGUCAGAGUUACAUCAGAUCAUAAAUGACCCACAGAUAAACCGAGUGAUGUGUUUCACUCUUACCUCACCAGAUGAUGAAGAUUCAUUCCUCACUGCUCUGAAGCACCAUAUUGAAUCUGAUCACAUUACACCAACAGAUUCACUUCAGUCCAAACCUGUUAAAAUCAAUCAGAAACGACUCAUUGAUUUACAAUUGUAUAUUGCUGCUAAAGAGGCAAAUGAAGAAACAGAACAAACCAGAUUCAUUGCUGCAUCUGUACCAGAUGAUGCAUUUCCUAAAUUCACUGUGCAGUUUUAUUAUGCUGGGAUGAUUGUGAGCAGAAACAUGAAACUUGAAGUGAAACCAGAUCUACCUCAGAUAGUUCAAAUAAAACACAACAAUGUGUCUGUAAAGUGGAAUCAUUUACAGAAUAAAAGCAUUGACAGAUAUGUGGUGGAGUACAGAGCUCUAGAGGAUGAUGGACUGAAUAACAAAACUUGGAAACAGAUCACUGUUAAUGCUCACACUUUUAUAGAAAAGUUUGUUUUAUCUGAUUUAGAAUCAGGCACAAAAUAUCAGCUCAGAUAUGCAGCUUGUGACAACAACAGUAUGAGCAACUUCAGCUGGAUUAUUAACUUUAAAACAUCUGCCGCAAGACCAGGACGACCCUCUGUUACUAAACUGAGCAGAGAUACUCUCAGACUAACCUGGUUAAAAGCUGAAGCAGAUGAAGAUUGUCCAGUUUUGCAGUAUGUGGUUGAGUAUAGAGAAGCAGGACUGGAGGGCUGGUCAUCAGUAUUAACACAAGGACCUCAGUGUGAAUUUACUUUAACUGAACCUCACAGCACCUGCUAUAGAGUCAGAGUAUCUGCUGUCUAUGAGGACAUCACCAGCAAACCUUGUGAGGAAACAUCUGUACCUGUGGAUGUCUGGACCAUAAACCUCUCAAAGACAAAGACCUUCAUCCUCCUAGAAGUGCUGAAACUCCAAACAGAGAAGAAACCAGUAGAGCUGAUAGACUGGAGAGAUGAUGAGAGUGAAGUGAGAGGAUUCAUCCAGUGUCUGCCAUACAUCUCACAACUGAGAUUUGUUGAACCACCAAAUGAAUCAUCUGAACUGUGGGAAAAUAGAAAGAGAUUAUUUAUACUGGAUUUAUGUCUUCAAGCUGCUGUCUGUCAGAAAGAAACCAUAGAGACAACUGUGAAGAUGCUGCUGUCAUCUGUCAAUUAUGAGAAAUGUGAUUUUCUGCUGGAUCUGUACUCACAUGUGAAGGACUAUGAGAGUCAAACAGACAGCAGUGUCCUACCAGCAUUACAGUCAAUUUAUCAGUCAUGUCCUGCAGUCUGGAUCAUAAACCUCUCAGAGAGAAAGACCUCCAUCCUCCUAGAAGUGCUGAAACUCCAAACAGAGAAGAAACCAGUAGAGCUGAUAGACUGGACAGAUGAUGAGAGUGAAGUGAGAGGAUUCAUCCAGUGUCUGCCAUACAUCUCACAACUGAGGUAA